CGGAAGUCGGAAACAGGAAGUGUUGGAUGUUUACCGCGACGAGGAGAAGAUGGCGACUACUGUGGAUACAGGAGCCUCUGAGGAUGGGACGAUGGUUUCCAACACUUCAGACAGUCUGAUGACAGCUGAAGAAGCUGCUGCCCAAAAGAGAGAAGAACGGCUUAGAAAAUUCCGAGAGCUUCAUUUGAAAAGGAACGAAGCCCGUAAGUUAAAUCAUCAGGAAGUUGUAGAAGAAGAUAAAAGGCUGAAGUUACCAACCAACUGGGAAGCAAAAAAGGCUCGCUUAGAAUGGGAACUCAAAGUGGAAGAAAAGAAAAAGGAAUGCCUACUGAAAGGGGAAGAUUAUGAGAGAGUAAAGCUGCUAGAAGUAAGUGCAGAAGAUGCAGAACGCUUUGAGAGGAAAAAGAAGAAGAGAAAUCCUGAUCUUGGGUUUUCAGACUAUGCAGCUGCUCAAUUACGUCAGUAUCAGCGGUUGACCAAGCAAAUUAAACCUGAUCUGGAAAAGUAUGAAAAAUUAAGAGAAGAAAGUGGCGAAGAUUUUUUUCCAACUUCAAAUAGUUUACUCCAUGGAACUCAUGUGCCCUCCAAAGAAGGCGUUGACAAAAUGGUUUCAGAUCUUGAAAAACAAAUUCAAAAACGUGAAAAAUACAGCCGGAGACGUUCUUACAAUGACGAUGCAGAUAUUGACUACAUUAAUGAGCGGAAUGCCAAGUUCAAUAAGAAGGCUGAGAGGUUCUAUGGGAAAUACACUGCAGAAAUUAAACAGAAUUUGGAAAGAGGGACAGCUGUAUAGACCAAAAAGUUCAGGAGAUUGGCCUUGCUUUCUCAGUUUGGCUUCCUUAAAACCUUCAUGUGCAAAAUACACCUUGCAAACAUAUUCUAUAGUAUUCCUUCCCUCAAAGGGUAUGUUAGAAAAGUUUUAAUCAUUAUGUAAUUGUAGAAAACCGAAGUAUUUGAAGUUAUGGUUGGUGAGCCAAUUGUUAUUUCAUUUUUGUUUUUUUAAUGAAGAUGAAAAUAUUAAAUCACAAAUCCAGAUUUUUUAAUGUACCUGUGGUUUAUUUGAAAACCAUAUUGUGUUAGUUGAUAGUUACUUUUGGUAGUUCGAUUAAACUAAGAGUCAUAGCAUAUAAAUCUGUUUUUAAUUUAAAACACUUUUGAUAUGUCUGCUUAACGAGCAUCUGGUUUAUAACACAAUUAGUGGGAAGCCCCAAAAUUAAUGAAACAUAAUUCAGACAGAUGCACAAAACAUAUCCAAAGUAGUCUUGGCUUUUGUACA